UUGAGGAGUCUCACGCCUAGGUGCGAGGAGAUUAUUCAAAUAGGGCCCAAGGCGUAGAAGUAGGGAUUGGAGGCUUGCCUGGCGCACAGAGCUAUAUCACAGCGUUAACAGGCAGCACGGGGCGUCAUUUGAACUCCACUCACCGACGGACGCAUCACGGCGGGCUCCGGGAGACACGCAUGCUCCAGCCCUCCACGAAGGGACACCCCGACGACCAGAAAAUACUCUCAGUGGUCCCCAGUCACCUGCUAUUAGUGAGACUUUUGGCUUUUCCUCUGCUGGGAGACGCUUUGUUGAAAGUCCUCCAUGAUGCUUGGAGCAGUUAAAAUGGAAGGACACGAACACACCGACUGGAACACCUACUACGGAGAGCCUGAGUGUUACACCUCUGUUGGCAACAUGAACGCGGGCCUGGGAAUGAACUCUAUGAACACCUACAUGAGCAUGUCCGGCAUGAGCUCCACGGCCAACAUGACGGCCAACUCCAUGAACAUGUCCUACGUGAACACGGGCAUGAGCCCCUCCAUGACGGGCAUGUCGCCGGGCGCGGGGGCCAUGAACGGCAUGGGCGCAGCCGGCAUGACGGCCAUGAGCGCGGCGCUGAGCCCGAGCAUGAGCCCCAUGACGGCGCAGCCCGCGUCCAUGAACGCGCUCACCUCCUACACCAACAUGAACGCCAUGAGCCCCAUCUACGGACAGUCCAACAUCAACAGGUCCCGGGACCCCAAGACCUACCGCCGGAGCUACACGCACGCCAAGCCCCCCUACUCCUACAUCUCCCUCAUCACCAUGGCCAUCCAGCAGUCUCCCAGCAAGAUGCUGACGCUGGCCGAGAUCUACCAGUGGAUAAUGGACCUCUUCCCCUUUUACAGGCAGAACCAGCAGCGCUGGCAGAACUCCAUCCGCCACUCGCUCUCCUUCAAUGACUGUUUCCUCAAAGUGCCCCGGUCGCCGGACAAACCGGGGAAGGGCUCCUUUUGGACUCUGCACCCGGACUCCGGGAACAUGUUCGAGAACGGCUGCUACCUGCGGAGGCAGAAACGCUUCAAGUGCGAAAAGAAGAUGACCAUGAAGGAUAGCUCCCGCAAGGCCGGGGACGGAGGGUCCUCCAACAGCAGCUCCGAGAGCUGCAACGGCAACGAGUCCCCGCACUCCAACUCCUCCUCCGGCGAGCACAAACGGUCCCUGUCGGACAUGAAGGCGAGCCAGGCCCUGAGCCCGGAGCACGCCGCCGCCUCCCCGGUGUCGCAGGGCCAGCACCUGAUGGCGCAGCACCACUCGGUGCUGGCGCACGAAGCCCACCUGAAGCCGGAGCACCACUACUCCUUCAACCACCCGUUCUCCAUCAACAACCUCAUGUCCUCGGAGCAGCAGCACCACAAAAUGGACCUUAAAACCUACGAGCAGGUCAUGCACUACUCCGGAUACGGGUCCCCGAUGGCCGGGGCGCUGUCCAUGGGCUCCAUGGCCGGAAAAGCCGGUCUGGAUCCCGCGCCUAUACCUGACACAUCUUACUACCAAGGCGUCUAUUCCCGGCCCAUCAUGAACUCCUCAUAAACUCUUACAUGGACUUUUAUUCCAUAUUCGAUUUGUACAUUUGUAAAAAACAAAAACAAAAAAAUAUAGACUUUGUGUACAAUAUGUAUUUCAA